AUGCAGCUAAAGUACCUCAAAACUCUCCUCGACGGUCAGGAUCAUCUCAACCGCAUAGCAGGAUUGGCAUGGUCUCCGAAUCACCAGAAGUUGGCUGUGGCCACCGCCGACCGUCAUAUCCUGCUAUUCGACGAGGCCGGCGAACGACGUGACAAGUUCUCAACCAAACCCAGCAAUCCGGCUCUCGGGAAGGCAUCCUAUGUGAUCCGAGCUAUCGCCUUCAGUCCUGAUUCCACAAAAUUGGCAGUGGCCCAGAGCGAUAGCAUCGUUUAUGUGUACAAGUUGGGUGAAACCUGGUCCGACAAGAAGGUCAUCUGCAAUAAAUUUCCACAAUCAUCUGCUGUUACGGCCCUGAUUUGGUUGGCCUCGGGACCUAUUAUAGCAGGACUCGAUGACGGCAAAGUUCGUGCCUUGAACUGCAAAACGAACAAAUCGCAAUCACUGUACAAUGCCGAAAGUAUGACCAUUUCGUUAGCUGCCAACACCAAAGGAACAGGAUUCCUCUCAGGUCAUGAUGAUGGAAACGUUAUUCGCUUCUUCGUGGCAUCUGAAUCGGGAGAAGCAUCAGGACGACUUCUUCAACAUCCCGUACCACCGUUCGCUCUUGCCUGGCCACAAGGUGGAGUAGCUGUUGCAGGAUGCGAUAGGAAAGUCACUUUUUAUGACUUGCAGGGAAGGCAAGUUCGAAAUUUCGAUUAUUCGCGUAACGACUCCGAACGAGACUUUGCAGUGGCGAGUAGUAGUCCUAACGGUCAGGCAGUGGCCUUUGGGGGCUGUGAACGUAUUCGGAUAUUCACAUGGAGUCCUCGAUUGGCCUCUUGGAACGAAAGUGCUGUUAAAGAAAUCGAUAACUUUUAUACGACGACGUCAUUGGCAUGGAGGCGAGAUGGAGCACGUCUCGCUGUAGGAUCCGUGUCCGGUGCAGUUAUCACAUUCGAAUCUGUUCUUCGCCGUACCAUUUGGCAAGAUAAAUUCGAGCUAAUAUUCAUCGCUCCGAGUCAAAUCCUGGUUAAGUCAAUGCAAAAUACUUCACUGCAGAUGGUCAUUGAAUCUCAACUUGGCUUAGAAAUCGAUGAUGUUCGCAUCAUGGGCAAGGAUAAUUACCUCUUGGGAAGAACUGAAGAGUCCUUACUCCUUUGUGACCUGACACGGAAUCUAACUAGUGAAGUCCCAUGGACCACCACGGGAAGACAAGAACGCUUCUACUUUGAAAACCCCAAUGUGUGCCUUAUCUUCAAUGCUGGCGAACUAUCUCUAGUUGAAUAUGGUGAGAACUCAAUUCUAGGAUCAGUUCGCACGGAGUUUGUAAAUCCUCACGUCAUCUCAGUUCGGCUAAAUGAAAGAGGGAAUUCGAGUGAUAAUAAAAAGCUGGCGUUCCUUCUGGAUAUGAAAACCAUUUGUGUGGUUGACCUAAUUACGCAAUCGACCAUCACGCAAGUGGGCCAUGACUCCAAAAUUGAUUGGAUUGAGCUUAGUGAGACUGGCCACAAGCUGUUGUUUAGGGAUCGGAAAAUGAGAUUAAUUUUAGUGGACAUUUAUACCAGCAAAAAACGAACUCUACUCGGCAAAGUAUCCUUUGUCCAAUGGGUUAUCCAAAGUGACGUAGCCGUGGCUCAAAGCGAUAACAACCUUGCAAUUUGGUACAACAUUGACCUUCCGGAACAUGUCACAAUCAUUCCUAUACGUGGGGAAGCUUUCGAUGUUAUUAGAGAAGAUGGAAAAACCACCGUCCACACCCAAGAAGGUCCCUCCGAACACACUUACCAACUAGAUGAAGGCCUCGUUGAAUUCGGAACUGCAGUCAAUGAUAGUGAUUUCGGAAGAGCUGUUACAUUUCUGGAGUCCUUAGGAGAUAAUCCUGCAGCGAAAGCCAUGUGGCAUAACUUAGCUGUAAUAUCACUGGAACAGGAGAACUUUCGCGUCGCUCAAAAAUGUUUUGCAGCAUUGGGAAAUGUAUCUAAAGCGUUCUUUCUGGGGGAAAUGAUUCAAGCUGCAGAUAAAUAUGAAGAGUUAUAUGGGCCAGGUGUUAAGUGUCCCGAAGUAAGAGCAAAAAUGGCACUUCUCUAUUCAGAUCUCAGAGCAGCUGAGAGGAUUUACCUAGAAAAUGGUGACAUUGAAGCUGCAUUGACUAUGUAUAAAAAUCUUAGAUUAUGGGAUGAAGCUAUAGCUUUAGCUGAACGGAGAGGCUAUUCAGAUUUGAAUAAACUUCGCGAACAACAAAUGAGCUUCCUUCUAUCUACUGAGCAGGAGGAGAAAGCCGGCAGAGCCUUGGAGGAUCAAGAGGAAGUCGAAAAGGCAAUGUCCUUAUAUUUGAAAGCAAAAAAGCCUGCUCGGGCUGCACGUUUAGCAAUGAAAGUUCCGUACUUACUAAACAACGAGGACUUAAUGGGGCGAGUCACCGAGGCUUUAAUCCGCGCAGAGCAAUUCGAAUUAGCUGGAGAUAUUGCUCAAAAAUUAUCUCGCCCAGAAGCAGCUCUUACUCUCUACCGCAAAGGUGGUGCUUAUGCGCGAGCCUUGGAACUUGCGCGGAAAGUAUCGCCUGAUGAUGUCACCACUCUCGAAGAAGAGUGGGGUGACUGGUUAGUUUCCAACAAGCAGCUAGAUGCAUCUAUUAACCAUUAUAUUGAAGCCGGGGCGACGGAGAAGGCUUUGGAGUCAGCUGUUGGAGCGAAACAGUGGAGAAAAGCUGUUCAAAUCGCGAAAGUGCUAGACGAACCUGUUACCAUUCAAAAAUAUGCUCCUGAGCUCGCAAGACAUUUAUCUUUCACCGGGGACCUUGCCGGAGCUGAGGAUCUUUUAGUACGGUCAAAACUGUAUAAAGAUGCAAUUGAACUCUUGAAUAAACAUGGCCAGUGGGAAAGAGCUUAUAACAUUGCUGAGGAGUAUUUGGGUACGGAAGAAAUGAGAGAUACUUUUGUUAAUUUGGCUGCAAGUUUGGAGGAACAAGGUAAAUACCGCGAUGCUGAGAAGGUACUUCUUGCCAUCAAUGAGCCUGACCUUGCCAUUGCUAUGUAUAAAAGACUUGAACUCUAUGAUUCUAUGAUCCGCUUGGUGGAAAAAUACCACAAGGACCUAGUAGAUAGUACGCACCUACAUUUAGCGAGACAACUAGAAGCGAAAGGGAAGCUUAAGAAUGCAGAGAUGCACUUUCUCGCAGGAGGGGACUGGAAGUCAGUUGUGCACAUGUAUUGUGGUGCAGGGCGUUGGGAAGAUGGCUUUCGUAUUGCUAAACAAAAAGGUACAGAGGGAGCUAGCAAUCAGGUGGCCUACAUGUGGGCUAAAUCCCUUCCUGUCGAAGGUGCAGCUCGGCUCCUAACCAAACUUGGGCUUCUUGAUACAGCUUUAGGUUUUGCUUGCGAUUCUGGUCAUUUUGACUUUGCUAUGGAUCUGUGCCGACUGACUGGAAAACCUGCAGAUGAUGUUCAUUUGAAGAUUGCUAUGGCGUUAGAGGACGAAGGAAAGUUUCUGGAGGCAGAGGAGGAGUUCAUACGUGCUAACAAGCCAAAGGAAGCUAUUAUGAUGCAUACUCACAGUGGAGAUUGGAAAUCAGCACUACGUGUUGCGGAAACUUACUUACCCGAGGUAGUCAAUGAGGUUCUUAUUAGUCAAGCUGGUUCCGCGUUAGAAACUCGUAACUAUCCAGAAUAUGAAGCUCUUCUACUUCGUGCCCAACGUCCUGAUUUGGUCAUUCAACAUUAUCGAGAAUAUCAAAUGUACGAGGAUGCCAUUCGUAUUGCCGAAGAGCAUCUUCCUGCUGCAGUGGCAGAACUCAAGAAAAUUCAGGCUCAAGAACAGCGUCAAAGUGCGUCCAGUAAUCCGGGAGAUUCAAAAUCAUAUCUUCAACAUGCUUCAGAAUUCGCUAGGAACGAAGAAUUCAAAAAAGCCGCAGAAUGUCUUCUCAUGAUCGACACUUCUAAUGCUGAUGAAGCUACAGUUGAGCGGGCUCUUAUAAGGUGCGCUGAAAUUUGUAAUCAAUUUUUAGAAGGGAAGGAAGCGAUUGAAAUUGCUCACCAACUAGGACCCAGGUUGGUUCAGAUUAAUCAAAUUGGGCCUGCAGCGCAACUGUAUUUGGCUGCUGAACUUCCAAAGGAGGCAGUCGAUGUGUUCAUACAUGCUGAACAGUGGAGUAAGGCUAGACGUUUGGCGAAGGAGAUUGACACCGAUCUGGUAUCCUAUGUUGAGACCAGGCAGAAAUCUAGAUUGAAAACUGAUGGAAAUAUUGAACAACUUGCUGAUAUUGAUAUUAUGAGCGCAUUAGACAUGUUAGCUGAACAAGGACAAUGGACGCGGUGUAUUGAAAAAGCUAAGCAACAAAAUUCACAAAUACUACAUAAAUAUUUGGCACUUUAUGCAGCACAACUCAUACGAGAUGGGGAAGGACCAGCCGCAUUGGUGCUUUAUUUAACCCAUGGGGCACCAGCGGCUCAGCAGAAUUUCAACAUCUACAAUCGAAUUGCCCUAGAAUGUUUUGCAUUAAGGGAACAAGUUGGAUCGGAAAUCUGGAAAGAUUUGCGGGCAUUUUUGUUCCAGUUAACACAGACCAUAAAAGCUUCUGAACAUUCUGAAACUGAAAUUCUUGAUAGAUUUGACCUGCUCCUUCUCAUAGCACAUUACUACACCACACGCGCUGCUUGUCGAGAGGUUCAAGCUUUACACGCUAUGUCUGUGAAAAUUUCAGUAGCACUCCUUCGACACACCGACAUAAUUCCUGUAGACAAAGGAUACUACGAGGCGGGAAUCGACCUAAGGUCAGUGGGCAGAGAAUCAGAAGCAUUCGUUAUUUUGAACCACUACCUCGACGUAUGUGAAGCUAUCGAAGAGGGAUCUGGAAACUUGGUAGACCACUCUGAUCUCUCUACAACUGAUUUUCCCAGUUCAGUUCCAAUCCCAGAGGAACUGCAUCUGAAAAAUGAACCAAAUCUCCAUGAGGAUAUCCGUGAAUGGGUGCUUGCAAUAAGUGUUGACCAGAAGGUUGACCAGACCCUCCCAGUUGACGACCGGAACCUCUUUGAAUCCAGUUUGGGUCUUUCUGAUGUCGCGUGUAUUGUUUCUGGCUAUCCUGUAGUAGGGCGUCAACCAGUCACGUUCCAGCGUUCUAAUAAGCAAGCCAAUCGUGAUGCUUGGAGUAAAUUAAAUGUUGCAGCAAAAAUGGCUCCACAGAGUAAAAUUCCUGAUAUAAUAGAAUUCAUUGAAAAAUUAUGUGGACCUGCUAACUUUGUAUUGCAUUAAAUAAAUUUCACGUUCUAUCAUUUGAA